AUGAAUCCGUCAGUGCUGCUCGUGACCCUGCUGCUUCUGUCCUGGACCAGUGCAGGGAAAGAUCUUAAAGUAAGGGUGGCUCGAUCCAGCAAUGAUGAGACCAACCUACACUGGGUGAAAUGUGAAGGAUCUGUGCCUGAUGGAGCCGUUUCGAUUCGAAACACUUAUGUGAGUCCGGCUCGCACAGAGUAUGUCUGCAAAUCUGCUUGCCAAGCUGGUUACUACAGCACCAAGGAUUCAAAGUGCCACUACCCCUAUGGAACACGAGAAAUGUCAUCCUCUAGCAACUGCUAUAUCCUGGUGAACAGAGAUAACUUUGAGCUUCUGGAGUGGAAGGACGGUUACGGUGGUUCAGUGCCAGCCAACGCAGUCAGUACUUGCGGCACAAAUAAAAUGUAUGUAGGGAAGAGUGAUUACGGUCUCGGGAAAAUAGAGCCAGCUAACCACUGCUUAUAUUAUGUUUGGAACGGUGCAGAGACCUGGACCAAGACGUACCAGGCUCUGACUAUGAAUAAAGACGUUACUGAACAAACCAUGAAAGAUGUGAAAUUCCAGACUGAAGGGGUUCCUGUCAUUGAGGGUAAACCAGAAGUCAUGCGCAAAUCUACCGCCAACAACCAGCACUGCCUCGAAGUUACAAAAACAGUUACCCUCACCAAAGACAUUAUGACAGAGGACAGGUGGGAUGUCAUUAAUUCAGUCACAUUUGGUGUCACAACUACUGUCACAGCUGGGGUUCCUCUUGUUGCCUCUGCAACACUUGAGAUUGGCAUGGAGGCAACGAAGGAGUUUGCUAAGGGAACCAGUAAUACUGAGACUCAGUCGUACAUGGUUUCUGUGUUAGUGCCAGUUCCACCAAAACAGUCCUGUACUGUCAGUAUGGUUGCACAGGUGAACAAAGCAGACGUCCCUUUCACAGCAACCUUGAUCCGCACCUACCGAGGUGGCAAGAAAACACAGACAACGACCAAAGGGUUCUAUAGGACGACCCAGGUAGCAGAAACCCACGCUGUCAUAGAUCAAUGUACCAUCAUAGGUGACUUGAAAGAUUGUGAAAAGGCCUCAAGCACCAAAAGCACACCUCCCCCAAAGUUAAAAUUAAAAAAGCCUGCUAAAGCAGCUGGAAAAUAAAAAGAAAAUAUUUCCCUUCUUUGUUUUAGCAAAAUACAGAAGUGGUAACUUAUUCUGACUUCUUAUAAAAGCACACAUACAGUUACAUUCUUACAUUUCCUCACUGCAGGCUGUUGAAAAAUCAACUUUUGACAUAUUGCCUCAAAUAGCACAUUAUCGAGUGA